AUGGCUCACGUAGAGCCUAUGGACUUGGACGGUAUUGAAAGUGACUUUGAUAACAAGGAGAAUACAUUCCACAUUAAUAAUGCUUUGCCAAGGUCGCCGUGUUUUGAAAAGGUGCAUGAGAAUUUGGAUGUGUCAGAGGUGAAACAUAUAUGCUCUUUUACUCAAAGAACUUCAUCAAUGUCAAAAAGUUUUACUGCUAACAUUGAUAAGAAUAUUUCAGAUGUUGAAGACCACCACAUUGUAAAUAGUAACUCCAACCUUACGCAAUCAUUGAACUCUACUUUAGCCAAUUGCAAUGGUUUAUUAAAAUCACCAAAGUCUUUGCCAUUACAAUCAAUACCAACCAGUCAGUGUACAGACUUAAAUAAAAAUACCAUUGACAAAAGGUCAUUUGAUGCUAAUAGUAAUAUAAAUCUGAAUAUUGAUGGAGCCGAUAUGGAAAGCUUAUCAUUACCAUCUUCAUCUUUGAGUCAUACCCCAGAAGCCACAACUCCAACAAAAGAAAUUCCAAAAGAUGGCGGUUCACCUAUCAUGAGAGGGUCUAAGAAAGUCCGCACCAUGUUUAGAUCAUCCCAAACCCUUAUCACCCCUAUCUUGAACAGGUGGAAUUCACCUGUACAAGAUAGGGAUGAUGAAAAUAAAGACUCUCAGGAAGCUGUUUUGAAUUUACAAACUGUUGACUCCAAACCUCAAACCGGAACAGGCUUAGCUUCAACACCUAUGAAAAAUUCAAAAAGAAAUUGUACUUCGAAAGAAAGUGAAAUGGUUAACAAAAGUGAUGUUGAUUGUAUAAGUGAAUUGGAAGAUCAAUGUAGUAUUCGGGUUAGCACAGCUGCUAUUGAGUCAGGCUCUUCGAAAAAAGUUAGUAGCACUCACUUUAUGAAUGAUCAUACACCCCAAGAAGAUUUUAUUGAUAAUGCUAGUCGUACGGAAGCUGAACAGGCCGCUUUAUCAAAAAAGGAAUAUGAAUCUUCUGCACAUAAUGAAAAAUGUGAUACACAAGUUGAAAAUAAAACUUUUGACAGUACUGUAAAUUUAGAUAACAAUGAAAACAUAAUGCUCAAUAAACUAAGCUUACCAAAUUCAACAGUAACAGGAGAUAAUAACCUCACGGAAGAAAAUUGGAUAACGGAUUUGAAAAAUGACUUUAAUGUAGAAAUAAAUGUUAUGGAAGCUUUAGAUUCCAAUUCAACUAUUAAAAAUGAAUGUGAUAUAAUAAAAGAAGAGGUCUUUGACAUAAAUUAUACAGACACACAAGAACCUCUCUGCAAAACUCAGAAAUUAGAUCAUCUUGAUCUAAUUUUAUUUGAUUUAGAAGUAGAAAAUAUUAACAACAGCCAAAGUACAUGUACUGUAGUUCUCGACAAUCCUUUUGAAACAAAAUCUAAACUACUUGAAUCACCACUUACAACUCCUAAAAUGGAAUCAAAGGGGUACAAUUUCAAAACUAAGAUGAGAUCUUCACCUCUGCAAACGAAUUCAGCUACCGAUACUUUUACGCCAAUUGAAACCAUCAAUAAACCGAACAGUAGACAAAAGUUAUUGCUGAAGAAGAGAAAAUCGCAAGCCUUACCAAAAAAGGUAAAUGUUGUCUGUAAAAAGAUAACGAACUCCACUUUAAAUGAAGCAGUCUCAUGUGUAAAAGAAAAUAAUAACAUUAAAUUAAAUGAAACCCAACCAAUUGAAACAGUUCAAAGUACAGGUAAGAUGUUGAACAAAAUUGAAAUUCAAAAUGAUGCAAACAGAAAGAAUAUUGAAGGUGUAAUUGCAAAAGAUUCAGAAAAAGAUAAUAUUGUUAUGAAUGAUAAUGCAAUAACUACUGGAAUAGAGGCAAAUAAUGAUAAUAAUCAAGUACACAAUACACAAGCUUCUGUACAUCAUGAAACUUAUACGGAGCUUAAGGUGUCAAGAAAUGAUCGUAAAGAACUAACUAACAGGCUCGGCGCGUUGGAAUCUCAAGUGAAAACUUUAGAAUACGAAAGUGAAGAAAGACUAAGAAAAAUAAAAGAUUUAACCAAUCAACUAUCAGAAAAAACUAAACAAAACAAAAAUAUGGCGACUGCUGUUGAACAAUAUGAAAGGACAAUUACAAGUUUAGUUGCUGAACUCGAACAGUCUAAGAAGCAGCAUGCUGAAGAACAAAUGCUACUUAUUAAAGACCGUAACGAACUAACUGUGCAUUUAUCAAUUUUGGAAAUAUCAUUUAACGACUUGCACAGCAAAUAUGAAAAGAGUAAAAAAAUUAUUUUAAGCCUAAAAGCGAAUGAAGACUGUCUGAAAAAAUCACUUCAAGAGUUUGAAGAUAAUCAAGUGAAGAUUCAGAACAACUAUGUACUGUUGAAGCAACACGCUACCGGAAAGCUAAACCACGCAAAUCAAGAAUUUGAAAAGUUGAAAAAAGGUCACGAAGCCGAGGUUUUGAAGCUACAGGCAAUAAUGAAAAGGAAGGAUUUACAAAUAUCAUCCCUCGAGGAUACGCUUGCGCAGAAAACUAAAGCGAACAAACAGUUGACCAUUAUUUGCGACGAGCUAAUAAAUAAAGUCGGUUGA